AUGGCGACAACAUUGAAAGGAGCCAAAAUCGUUUCUCUAGUACCAAAAGAUCUAUACGACAGGGAUACAAUUAUGUUCGAAACUUUUAUCGAACACUUUCUUUUAGAAGUAACAACUUCGACAUCAACCACAACAAAACGAUCAACUACUACAAAAAUAACUUCGACACCAAACACAACAGAACGAGCAACUACUACAACCACAACUUCGACGUCAACCACAAAAUCUCCUAGCACCACCACGGGUACCAAACCUGCCAUACCGUGCCCAGUGUGUGACGAGGCAUUACAGUGUAAUUGGAACCGGACUUGUCUGCCAGAAACGCAGACCUGUAUGAUUCGAUCUUAUGUAGGCUAUAAGUUCACAGUCCACUGCUCUAUGGCAGACGAUUGUCAGUUUAUACAGUCAGAGUUAGAUUCGGGUGAAAUCUUUUGUUGUAAUGAUAGACAAUGCUUAAGUACAUACCUGGGUAUUUGAAUAAAAUCUGGCAGAUUUUUAUACCAUAUAUUUUUG